UCAGUCUACAGUUCUUUUUGAUGCAUGGCAAGUGAGACAAUUGAGUAACUCAUUUGAGUGAAAAUGGAAAGCAAUUAUAUUGUAUAUAUGCACUAUCUUCAUGAGAGAGUUGCAUUUUAAGAAAAUUGAAUAGUACAUAGUUCUAAUUUUUUGAACACCCUAAUAGACAAUAACUUGUAAUUAAGUGAAAGGAACUAAGAAAAGAUGCAAAAGAAGAGAGUUCUUAUGGUUUGUUUAGGAAAUAGUUGCCGCUCCCCUAUGGCAGAGGCAGUAUUUCAGGAUCAAGUGCGAAAAAUGGGUCUAUCUGAUUUUUGGGAAGCGGAAAGUGCCGCUAUUCUGAAAUAUCACGUAGGCAAUGCUCCCGAACCUAGAGCGAUGACUACUCUUCGAAAAGAGGGAAUCACAAAUUACUCUCAUGUCGCGAGACAAAUCACAAUAAACGAUUUUUACAAAUUUGAUUGGAUAUUUGGAAUGGACGAGUAUAUUAUUCAUAAGCUGUAUGAAAUGCGACCGGAAAAUAAUCAAGCGACAAUUGAACUACUUGGGAAAUAUGAUCCGGCUGGAAUAGUUGUCAUAAGAGACCCCUUAUUUGAUGUUGGGAGUGCUGGAUUUGAAAAAGCGUUUCAACAAGCUUUAAGGAGCGUGCGUUCAUUUUUGGCAAUUAACAUGGACAAUAUAAACAAGAAAUAAAAGAUAUUAAAAGUUUUAUGGAAAUACUAAAAUAUAUAUUUUUAGAAAAAAAUAAAAAAUAAUUUUAAUAUUUUUAUAUUUGUUUUUAUAGUAUCUCCGAGCAGAUUAUUAUUUGUAUAU